UUGAUCUUGUCCAAUCAAAACGGAGAAAUCCUUGACAGGCUCAGGGUUAAACAAAUUACUGAGCUCCUGCAGAAAGCUCACACCCCCUAGUGGGCGGUGCUUUAAUGGCAGCAACGCUCUCCAACAUGGAGUACAGAAAAUAGCUUGAUUCACAUCUAACACUUUUCUCUGGGGUCAUUAUUAUAUCUGGGAAUUCUUAUUUAAAGCUUCCUCGCAGAUGCCAGCCUGUUAUAAUCGCUUACCUAUAUUUAGUGAUACAGCUUGAACUUAGUAAAGUCCUCAGUCCUUGACAGCUGCGGCGCUGAUAAAGAUAAACUGCUGCAAAACUUCAAAACUCCUGUUUUCCACCAAAACGAAAGAUUCAACGGUUUCAACGGUGGGAGGACGGAGUUUAAAGGCUUCCGUCAAAGUAACAAAUAAAGUGAGCCGAGCUCCGGGGUUAUUGGGUGAAAGGUGACGUCGCGGCAGAUUGUUGACUCAUAGAAUGCACAAUGCAGCGAGUGUGUCAGCCUCUCUGGGGUCUAUGGGACUGCUACGUCUGGUUGGGGUGUCCUGGCCCUGGAGUCUGGCAGCAGGCCUAGGGGUAUAUCUGGGCACCAGAAGCUGGAAAUACUUCUACAUUGCAGCACGCACUGCCAAGAGAGACCUCAAUGGCCUUUAUGUGCUGCUGAGGGUGAAGCUGGCUUUGUGGCGUUACAUGCGCAGUAGAAGCAAUAUUCCUUCCAUUUUCACCCAGACAGUAAAACUCCACCCAAAUAAACCAGCACUGAUCUAUGAAGCCACAGGGGAAACAUGGACCUUCACCCAGCUGGACGAGAUCUGUAAUGCAGUAGCUCACUGGGCGAGAGGUCAAGGAUGGGUGUCUGGGGAUGUGGUGGCCCUCUUCUUGGAAAGCAGGCCAUUACAUGUGGCGCUGUGGCUCGGCUUGGCCAAAGUUGGGGUAGAAGCUGCGCUUAUUAACUUCAGCCUCCGCUGUGAUCCUCUUCUGCACUGCAUUGGGGUAUCAGGGUCACAGGCAAUAGUGUUCGGAGCUGAGCUGGCUGAUGCCAUGUUGGAGAUCAAUUCAUCCAUCAGCCAGUCCAUGGUACGCUUUUGUACAGGAGACCUCAGCGCAGAACGUCUGGCAGCUCUGGAUGCUCAACCUCUGGACCCACUUUUAGCCACUGCACCGAGACGUCCACCCUCACCUUGUGUUCCCCGAAAAGCCAUGAAUGACCGCCUGUUUUAUAUUUACACAUCUGGAACCACAGGACUUCCCAAAGCUGCCAUUGUGGUCCACAGUCGCUACUACAGAAUUGCUGCCUUUGGGUACUUUGCCUUUCGCAUGCAUCCUGAUGAUGUUAUCUAUGACUGCCUGCCCCUGUAUCACUUGGCAGGUAACAUUAUUGGAGUUGGUCAGUGUCUUAUCCAUGGUCUCACUGUGGUAGUGAAAAGGAAAUUCUCUGCCAGCCGCUUCUGGGAAGACUGCAUUAAGUACAACUGCACUGUGGUACAGUAUAUUGGGGAAAUCUGCCGGUACCUCCUGUCUCAGCCGGUCCGACCAUCUGAGAAGGACCACAAAGUUCGCUUGGCAGUGGGGAAUGGAUUGCGCCCUAGUGUGUGGGAAGCCUUCACAGAGCGAUUUAGGGUUGGGCAGAUUGGGGAGUUUUAUGGAGCAACUGAGUGCAACUGCAGCAUUGCCAACAUGGAUGGCAAGGUGGGAGCCUGUGGAUUCAACAGUCGCAUUUUACCCUAUGUGUACCCCAUCCGAUUGGUGAAGGUAAAUGAGGACACCAUGGAACUUAUUCGGGACAGCCGUGGUCUCUGCAUGCCUUGCAGCCCUGGGGAACCAGGGCUUCUGGUAGGUCGUAUAAACCAAAAGGACCCAUUACGGCGCUUUGAUGGCUAUGCCAACCAGGAUGCUACCAAGAAGAAGAUUGUUCACAACGUCUUCAGGAAAAAUGAUUCUGCAUAUUUAUCAGGAGAUUUACUAGUGAUGGAUGAGCUGGGCUACAUGUACUUCCGUGACCGCAGUGGGGACACCUUCCGAUGGCGAGGGGAAAAUGUCUCUACGACUGAGGUGGAGGGCAUACUCAGCAACGUCCUGGAUCAAACUGAUGUGGCUGUGUAUGGUGCAGCAGUGCCAGGUGUGGAAGGUAAAGCAGGUAUGGCUGCCAUUGCAGAUGCUACAGGGAAGUUUGACUGCGACAGUUUCUUGCAGAAGAUUCAGCGAUUGCUUCCUACUUAUGCCCGCCCAGUGUUCCUGCGAAUCUCCCCACAGGUAGACACCACAGGUACAUUUAAAAUCCAAAAGACCAGGCUGCAGAAGGAGGGAUAUGACCCACGUCUCACAACUGACCAGAUGUACUUUUUGAAUGGUCGAGCAGGCCGUUAUGAGCGAGUGGACGAGGAGCUUUACAACGCCAUUGUCGAGGGGAGAAUGUCUCUAUGACGUGUGGCCGCAGCAGUGCAGUCCAUGUGCCCCGCUCAAACAUCUUAAUCAGGUGCUAGAGGGAAGCGCGUUGAGGUAUGCACAUAGCAAUGUCUGCAUCAUUCAGUUUUGGUGCAACACAGUUUUGGUUCUUCAGGAAACAGAGUUUGGAGGACUAUUUACAUAUAGUACUGUUACACUUGAGUUUAAACACUGUAUAAGUAACACACUAGGACAUAAUGUGAAUGCAUUUGCUCAUUAACAGCUUUUUAAUUAUGAAGUGAACAUUUCAAAGCGCUUUCGAGCAUCAUCAUACAUAGUGAAUUUCUUCCGCAGCUAAUUUGAUUGUAGAUACAUGUUACAUUAAUUAAGUUAGAAUAUAGCUUCUAGUAUUAAGUCAAACUUUGUUAUAGGGUAUUUACCCAUCCAUGAAAUGCUAAAUGCUGCUAGGUUUUACUGUGUAGGUUUAACUAUUACUAUUGUAUUACUAUUGCUUGUUUUAAUGAGGUUGAAAUACCUAAUAUGAACAUUCAGUAUGAAUGCCUAUAAGUUCAAAACCAUAAUAACCUUAACAAAACCUUAAAAUCUAUAGCGAUGUAAAUGCAAUUAAUAACUUAAAUCUGCUUUUUUAGGGUUGAACCUCUAAACAACACAUAUUUUUAUAGGAUGUGCCUUUUAUUAAACAUCAGAUCUAUUUCAUAUUUUAUGCUUUUAAUGAAAAGAAUUUCAAAUACACUGUGGUUGUCAGCAGAGAAGCUAAGUUGCACAUUUUGACUGUUUUUAUGUAACAAAUCUUUUCAGUGUGAUAUUAUAUAGGUGUAAAUCUCUUUGUUUUGUGGUAACUCUAAUAAACUAUUUAAAAUGUG